CUGCGAGCGAGAGGCGAAGGCGAAGGCGAGAGCGAGCGAGCGAGAAGUGGAUCGAGAUUGGGAGAAAAGCGAUCGGGGUCCCGGCCAGGCAGGCAGGAAGGCAGGCAGGCAGGCCGCCCGCCAGCGAACAGGCCAACAACCAGCCAUUCGGCCAGGCAGCCAGCCAGCCACAAGAAGUUGCGAUCGCGAGCGCUGGUGCUAGUAAGUUGUAGUAGUACCACGCCAGAGCCAGCCACAGCCAGCCAGCCAGCCAGCCUCCCUCGCGUGGCGUCGCGUGGCGUGUUUUGUUGUUUGCAGUUUACGACGAUCCUGUCGCCUUUUGCGUUUUUAAGUCGUCGAUUAUGAUGCAGAGGACGAGGAUUCUGAGCAGACCCCUGCGCUAGUGGUGGAGGAGGGGAGCUUGGUGUAGGAAGGAAGGAAGGAAGGAGUGCGCGGUCCUGCCCUAGCGAGGAGAAUAUACGCGAAAUUUUGAAGGUUCUUACUAUUUAUUGUAGCGGGAGGUGUCUAACUUUUUCCCCGAAGUUGGGACGAGGACGAGGGAGUGGAAGGGUUGGUGGUGUUGGUGAUCUACGGGGCUCUUGUGUUUCCAGGAGAGUUCAAGAAGUCGGACCUGGAUAGCGCAGGUUUCUGAGUGCGGAUUCGUUUGAUUUGUGUAGUUGGAGGUCUUAGGGACGUCGGCUUCAAGCAAGAGAGCGAGGAGAAAGGAACGCCCGACGAGCAAGCAAACGCCGAGGACGAAGACAGAUUCAUGAUACACGACGAGGCGAGGGCAAGAGAAGAAAUCAGAUGGAGGCGGGUAGAUUGACUUGCGAAGAGGAAGAGAACAUGGAGAGUUAUGGGGAGGUUGUGUAGUUUGGAGACGCGAGCGGGAGGAGUAGCGGUGACAGAAGUCGUUCAGGGCUACAGAUCAAUACAGGUUGGGAAGUUUUCACAGAUUUCGAAGGAUUUUGGGGUUGGAGAGGGCGGAAGUGGUCGAAAAUGGCGGACGCAGCAGCCCGGGAUGGCGGGCAGACUGUGUCCUCCGCGGGACGUCGGGAUCCGUACGAAGUUCUUGGAGUUCCUCGAAAUGCCUCUGAUCAGCAAAUCAAAACUGCAUAUCGGAAACUGGCGCUGAAAUACCAUCCGGACAAAAAUGCAAGUAAUCCUGAAGCGUCGGAAUUGUUCAAAGAAGUUGCUUACUCCUACGGCAUCCUUUCGGAUCCUGAAAAACGAAGGCAGUAUGACGCGGCCGGCUUUGAGGCUGUGGAUCUCGAAGGCAUCGAUAUGGAGCUUGAUCUAUCUAAUCUCGGCACAGUAAACACAAUGUUUGCAGCUUUGUUCAGCAAGCUGGGAGUUCCCAUCAAGACCACCAUAUCUGCGAACGUUCUUGAGGAGGCCUUGAGUAAUACUGUGACUGUGAGACCUUUGCCCUUAAAUCGCCCGGUCAAUGACAAGGUAGAGAAGCAAGGUGCCCAUUUCUACGGUGUCAGCAUCUCAGAAGCCCAAGCGGAGGCUGGUGUGGUCGUUCGAGUGACCUCUACCGCCCAAAGUAAAUUCAAACUCUUGUACUUUGAGCAAGAAGAGAACGGAGGAUUGGGAUUGGCACUGCAGGAAGACAGCGUGAAGACCGGGAAGGUGACAUCUGCUGGAUUUUACUUCCUUCAUUUCCAAGUGUAUCGCUUGGACCCGACUGUGAACGCGUUGUCCAUUGCGAAAGAUCCUGAUGCAGAAAUUUUUAAGAAGUUAGAAGGUCUGCAACCUGUUGAAAUGUCCGAGCUAAAAGCAGGGCCACAUUACUUCGCUGUGUAUGGUGACAAUUUCUUCAAGAGUGCCAGCUACACGAUAGAAGCUGUCUGUGCAGACUCCUUCACCGAAUCUUGUGAGAAAUUGAAGGAUGUAGAACAACAGAUUCUAGCAAAACGAAAUGAACUGCGUCAAUUUGAAGCCGAGUACAGAGAGGUACUACAACGCUUCACGGCGGUCACUACUAGAUACGGACAGGAGAAAACUGCGGUCGAGGACCUUCUCAAGACACGAGACAGGAUACAUGAGUCGUUUACAGCGCACCCGCCACCGAAAAGAAGCAGUAGCGGUGCGAAUAUUAAGGUUGCUAGUGACGAUUCUAAAAAUUCUAAGCAUGCUAAAGACAGUGAAGAGGAAGGGGUGUCAGAUGAAUCACAAUCAGAUGGUAAAGAAAAAGACAAAUCCGGUAAGAAAAAAUGGCCGAAUCUUUUUUUCAAAGCGGAAAAAAAGGUUACCUGAUGAUGUGCAGUUGCAUAUUCUGAUCACAAAAGCCAGGUCCUUAUGCAAAGGAAAGCCUUAUCCUAAACUCAAAUCCUCGCUAUGCAACCUUUCUGCCUCUGGAUAUGGAUGCAGGGUGCAGAAGACAUUGCCUGUCCAUGUGGUGUGAUUGGCUAUACCCGGUUACCCAGUUCUCUCUUGUUGUGAGACGCAGCAGGCACCACUUUCCCAAUUUCUAAGUGAGGCAGUUAGUGGUGAGGUACUCAUUCAAAUCGUGCCUCAGCAGUCUGUUUUUCUCAUCCUGUGACGAUUAGACUCAGCCUGUAUCUUUUAUUGCAAACUCGAGACAACUAUUAGCUGUUGCCUCUGUAUUGAUUAGUAAUUGGCCUAUUGGCAAAGUGUUACGAGAUUUUGAGAGAAGGGCUUGUGGGCGCUAAUUGUAGCAGAGCAAUCUUAGCUCUGACAUGGUGUCGAAGUGUUUAGACAAGAGCGUUGCUGUUUAGAUAAUUUCAGCCCGAUCCACCUCAGUGAGUACGUCUGAAUCAUUAUCCAGUCCGUCUGUAGAGGAGUCCCAUUUCAGUGCCCACAGUGCUCCGAAGAUCCACCAUGGCUCUCUCUUGAGGGCGACAAACUCAUUGGCUAUUUCACCUUGUAUAGAAAAGGGUCCUUAUCACUAGAUUUAUUGUGGCCCUCUUGCAGAGAUGCUAGCCAUAUGGGCCAGUCAAGAUAUAGCUGGCAAUUGGAGAUUUUUGAGGGUCCUACAUUAUGUAUGUAUCAGCACGAAAGUAUCAUUCUUAUUUUUUCUGAGAACUUAGCAGAUCAGCUUUGCUACCAUUAUCACUGUCAUGCUGUAUCAUGCAUAUUGAAGAGCGGGCAAAAUUCUUGUUUAUUGAGAUUAUUUCCCACGUGCAAAUAAAAGAAACCUGAAAUACGAAAUAAG